AUGAAGUUUUCGUCAAUAGCUACUGCUCUCUCUCUCUGGGCUUAUCGUCUCGCAACGUGCACUCCUUCCCGUCUCAGAACGAGCAGCAAACCACCCGCCCUGGUUGACGGAGUCGGCGCCCCGAAGAUGGCGGUCCAGUACGAACUGAGGCCCGGGCAGUAUCGUCUCCUCCACGAGCUCCCCUCUGGUCUGUCCAUGGAGGUCAUCGUGCAAGAAAGCGCAAAAAAGAGCGACGGAGACCUCAACCCACCGCUGGUGUUCGUGCACGGAAGCUACCACGCCGCUUGGUGCUGGGCCGAGCACUGGUUGCCUUUCUUCUCCAGCCACGGGUUCGACUGCUACGCCGUCAGUUUGCUAGGUCAGGGUGAAAGAGAUGAACCCUCCGCUCCUGUUGCUGGUUCCCUCCAGACGCAUGCAGCUGAUGUUGCCGACUUCAUUGACAUAAAACUUAGCUUGCCUCCAGUUCUGAUUGGACAUUCAUUCGGAGGGCUUGUUGUCCAGCACUACAUCGCAAACAUGAGAAAUCAGCAAUGUACAGAGAGGGAUGGUUUGUUCCCAGACCUCGAGGGAGCUGUGCUUGUUUGCUCCGUACCUCCUUCUGGCAAUAGUCGCAUGGCGUGGCGGUAUCUCUUUACCAAACCUAUAGCAGCUUUUAAGGCCACCCGCAGUUUGGCUGCUAAAGGUUUUCAAACUUCUCUUCCACUUUGCAAGGAAACGUUCUUUUCUGCUGCAAUGGAUGAUCAUCUGGUGCAACGUUACCAGAAACUGUUGAAGUGCAGCUCAAGGAUGCCGGUAAUCGAUGUAUGGCGGAUGAAUGCUUCUCUUCCACCUCCCUCUGCACCAAAACCAUCCAUUCAAUUUCUCGUGGUGGGCGCGAACGAUGAUUUCUUAGUGGAUGCGCAAGGGAUACGCGAAACCGGCAAAUACUAUGGUGUGACACCAGUUUGUGUCGAAGGGGUGGCUCAUGACAUGAUGCUAGAUUGCUCCUGGGAGAAAGGCGCGGGCGUUAUCUUGUCGUGGCUGAAGGGUCUAGGGAAGGACCAGAGAUGA